ACUUCGUUUUCAUGUACAGUAAACAAAACAGAAGUGACCCUAUCAAACGGUUUCGGCGACGCGAUGAUUUCAAAGUACCGCCAUUUGACACUUUCCCUCCCUGCUUAUAUAAAAGGCUUCUUUCCCAUCCCUAACAUGGAAUAUGCUUGCGUCCAUCGCUAACAUUUCGAUGAACAUUUCCUUCAGAUCUGCUUCCUCUUCAACGUGCUCUCUCUCGCAUCGCAUCCAUGCCUUCUCACUCUCGAAUUUUCAACCACCUACAUCUCUCUCUCCCUCUCCAUCUCUCUCGCAACAAACACCAAUCUCUUCCUCCAACCACUUCCCUUGCAUGUUCUUCCCGCUCCCUUUUCGGUUGCGCCACUCUCCAGUUACAUCCCUUGAUCAUUCAGCAGUAUGAAUGCGGCGCUCUGCGUAAUGUCGUUCCCACGAGAGCCUUCGACGAUGAUUCGUUUGACAUACCAAUGUUUGAUGAUUGGAAUGCUGCUGAUGAAAGUUCUGCGUAUGUGUUCUCCUCCAGUGACGGGGAAGACUAUGAUGGCGAAGUUUUUCUCACUCCGGUGAAUGACAUUGAUUUGCCUUCUGUUUCUGCUUCAAAUGAUGAUGCUGUAACAGUGGCUGCUCAUAGGUUUGCAACCCUUGGGAGGGGACAGAAGAAGCCUAGGACCAAACUAGGAAUUUUCAUCACUAUGGGGCUUAUAAUUGUCUUGACAUUACUGCUGUUGUAUGUGGAUUGGUGUGCGUGGAGAAUUGUUAGGCUUCCCUUAUCACCUUUUUACUUAACCCGUCCAUUUCUCAUAUCAGCCUUUUUGGUUUCUUUUGCUGGCUAUGUGGGCAUCCCAAUAUUUCGUCUUUUUAAAUUUAUCCAUAUAAUCAAGCAACAAGGGCCUGCUCGCCAUCGAACGAAAAAGCUUACACCAACACUGGGUGGUUUGCUUUUUGUACCUAUUGGUAUAAUUGUAGCUCAUGUCUUUGCUAGUUCCUCGUCAACAGAAGUUUCUGGGGCAGCUGGCGCAACUAUUGCAUUUGCUGCAGUCGGUUUACUUAGUGAUAUAUUAAGCCUCACCAAUCAUCGGAGAGGUUUGCCUGUAUUGACAGAAGUUCUUUUGCAGGUAGCCGUUGGAACGUGGUUUUCAUUUUGGUUGGACAUCACCAGUAUAUCUUCACCCUAUGGCAUGAAGAUGCUGGUUCCUCUGCCAUUGGGCCUCGUGUACUUGGGAAGAUGUUACCAACUCUUGACAUCAUUUAGUUUUGUUUCCAUGGGACAUGGUGUUAAAUUAGCAGAUGCUAUUGACGGAUUAGCUGGAGGUACUGCUGCACUGGCGUUUACCGGAAUGUCAAUAGCUGUUCUUCCAGUAUGUUCUGAUAUUGCUAUAUUUGGGGCUUCAAUGGCUGGAUCAUGUGUUGGAUUUCUUCUACACAACAGAUACAAAGCGUCGAUAUUUAUGGGUCACACAGGAUCUUUGGCUCUUGGUGCUGGGUUAGCUGCAAUGGCUUCAUGUACUGGAAUGUUCUUCCCGCUACUCAUUUCUUCCGGAAUUUUCGUUGUUGAGUCAUUAUCAGUUAUCAUCCAGCAGUUAUUGUACUUGAAGAUAACUAAGAGCUUCCGGGGAGCAGGUUGGCGCCUUUUGAGGAUUCCUCCCUUUCAUUACCGCCUCCAAUUACGUGGAUUCAGAGAACCAAAUAUUGUAUUAGGUGCUUAUCUUAUAUCAUCUAUUUUGGCUUUGCUUGGCGGCUAUGUAGGUCUAGUUUCAGCUUAACAUUUUCAUACGGAUUGUUAAACAAAUGAGACAGUUGAACAGUUUCGAGUUUAGAUGUCUGACCUUAGAAAAUGGGGAAAUAUAAAAGUGAUAGAGUUGCAAUCCA